CCUCCAUGGUUUCAAGGGUGCAGUUAUAUGUAUGAAUAAAUCACAAUAACAACAACAGUGUAAAUAUCUUUGGAAUAAUUACCUAAAUCAUGGAGGUAAGAAUACCUCCAUGACCUAAAUGUUGUAUCGACAGGUCUGCCAACUUACGUUUGGUAGUGUUUUUAAACUUUCAAUGGCUGACGCUGGUGUGACAGAUGCGCAGUGGAAAAAACGAGAAAGACCUAAACUUAAUAAUGAUCAUGUUUUAAGAAAGCGUUUACCACCACGCUUACCCCGCCGGAAACAGGAUAUUUAUAUCACAAACAAAUCUAAUUACAAGGGUCAGCUGGCUCGUAGUGAGAAGCUUUUGGAGAGUGGUGAGCCAGAAAUUGUAAUUCACGGUCUGGGCGCAGCCGUUACCAGAGCUGUCAACCUCGCACUUCAGCUUAAGGAGAAGUUCCUUGGGACGGUUGAACUUUCUGUAAAUACCUCAACAGUGGAUAUCAUUGAUGACCUGGAACCAUUGGAGGACCACGCUGAGUACGAAACAAAUACUCGUCAAAAUUCUUCAGUUCACAUUCGUGUGUUUCGGAUAGCUUUAAGUGGUGCUAACACAUAAACAGAGAAGUGAUGUUCUUC